AUGGACCUAAGAAACCCUGUAUUAUCAAAUGCUGAUUUUUUACGUCUCUAUACCGAAGCAAUUAGAAACAUCGAUACAAAGUGGGAAACGAAGUUUGCCCAAUAUGCCAACGCCAUGGAAAAAAAGAUCGAGCAGUUGACUGAGGAUGUAAAUCGUGGAUUUCACGGUAUACCUGCAGCCAUCGAGAACCAUAUUUACUUGCAACCUGGUGGACAUUGUAGCUGUUGUACUCAUAAAAAGAAGCUCCAAAGAACUAACAGUAAUGCACCUAUUGGUUUGCCCUACACUGAUGUAUCGACAGAGGCCCUUCAAGAACAAAUGUACAAGAUCAUUAAGUACUAUAGGGCCAAUAAUCUGGUAGGUCAAACAGAUGUUCGGAUAAUCCCCUUUGGUUCAGGAAACAUCAGCUUGAAUACCGAAAGAAGAACAGUUGCAUAUACAGACACAAUGAAAACUUACUUGGCAGGCCUGUCGCAAAGUUGGGACAAUGGAGUUUUAGCUGAUAAAUCUGAAAGUGCCUACCACAACACGCGAACCCUGUGCAAGCACUUUCUUGUAGCGUAUUUUGGUGACAAGCUUAGCACGGGGUUCACCUGGACUUCCUUGGAUGAAAAUUUCAAGAGCGAGGUAACCAAACUUUUAGAAUGUAUCUCGUUUUUUUGGAAUAAGCGUGCUGGCAGUAGUGGGCUCCCAAGCUCAUCUGCUGAACUGGUAUCUCCAGUAGAUGCAGCUAACCCGCUAUUACCAAUGCAUUUUUCCAAGAACAGCUGUUUGACACGAAAAGUAAUUUUUUCGGUUUUGCAAGACAACGUUGCUCAAAUUCCAAAGCCUAUCCAGUCCGGUGUGUCCAACAACUUUAAGGCUAUUGACCUGACGAGCGAGGAAGGAGAGGAAAAUAGCAGCAUUAAUAUGAUGAGCAUAGGUUUUUUGGAACAGGCUACAGAGCAAACCCAGCACUCGUUUAGCCAAAGAUCUGAUGAACCCGAAGCAGAAACAAGCCAAGAUUGGCUAAAUGGCUUCCUGGCAAAUGUUGAUUUGUCAGCGUCAGCGCAGUAUUUUUCUGUGUUGGCGAAUGAUGAUUUAUCAUCAUUUCUGAUGCCAACAGCAGAAAAAGAAAUCAUGAAGACCUCUUUAGUCGCUCGAUUUAAGGGUGAGCAAAAAUUUCGGAAAUCUCACCCAUAA